GCCAAGCAUUUGUUCAGCUGCAUGAGGCCAUUCUGAAACAAUGAAAGAUGGGACUUCAAAGAAAAGCAGGCUUUCAUGGUCCAAGUCCUUUGUCAGAAGAUGGUUCAACAUCAAGAGCAAAGCUCAGGACUUGCGUUCGGAUGAUUUUGGUAGAGGAGGUGGUGAGGAAUGGCGGGGCAGCUUCACCGGGACGGAAGCACACUCUGUCAAGAAAAGCAAAAUAGAGAGGUUGUCCAGGAAGAACCGAGAUCAAGCUCGACGAGGAAAGAUCGAUCUUGAUGCAGCUGAAGUCACAGAAACUCUCCACUACAGGAUCUUUGCAGCAACAUGGAAUGUAGGUGGGAAAUCCCCACCGAGUAAUCUGAACCUUGAUGAUUGGCUCCACACCUCACCUGCCGCAGACAUAUAUGUCCUGGGGUUUCAGGAAAUUGUACCUCUCAGUGCGGGAAACGUUCUCGGAACAGAGGAUAAUGCACCUGCGAAGAAAUGGAUAGCUCUCAUCAGGAAGGCACUGAACAAUCUUCCGGGCAAUAGCAGCAGCGGCAGCUACCGAACACCUUCCCCUCUUCCCAACCCAGUUGUGGAGCUGGAUGAUGACUUCGAGGGCGCAUCGAUGAGGCAAAGGAACUUGUUCCACCGUCGUUCCUUCCAGUCCUUGAGUCGAAGCUUGAGAAUCGAUGGAGAUAUUCUGGCUCCACAGCCAAGGCUGGAUCGUCGGCACAGUGUCUGUGAUCGGGUCAUCUUCGCAAACAGGCCGAGUGACUACGACCCCAACUAUCGAUGGGGCGGGUCAUCUGAUGACGAGAAUAUUAGUGGGGAUUACUCACCUGGCACAACCGCAUACUGCUCGCCGGUGUCGUAUGGCUACGGAGCUUCCUCCUCGAUAGAGGACAGGGAGAGAGCAGGGCAUUCGAGGUAUUGUUUAGUGGCGAGCAAGCAGAUGGUGGGAAUAUUUCUCACCAUUUGGGUGAGAGGAGACACGAGAGACAGCAUAAGGAACUUGAAGGUCUCUUGCGUUGGUAGAGGAUUGAUGGGUUAUCUUGGGAACAAGGGUUCGAUUUCGAUUAGCAUGUCUUUGCACCAAACAAGCUUCUGCUUCAUCUGCAGCCAUUUGAGUUCUGGGCAGAAGGAUGGUGAUGAGCUGCGGAGGAACUCUGAUGUCAUGGAGAUCCUGAGGAAGACCAGGUUCCCUCCGGUUCAGGGGUUUUGUGAUGAGAGAUCACCUGAAACCAUCCCUGAGCAUGAUCGAAUCAUUUGGCUCGGAGAUCUAAAUUACCGAAUUGCUCUUUCAUAUCGCUCUGCGAAGGCUCUUGUCGAGAUGCGUAACUGGAAAGCACUGUUGGAAAAAGAUCAGCUUCGGAUAGAGCAAAGAUCAGGCCGAGUCUUCCAGGGUUGGAAUGAAGGAAAAAUAUACUUCCCUCCCACAUACAAGUACUCCAACAACUCAGACCGCUACACUGGAGAUGACAUGAACCUUAAAGAGAAACGUCGAACACCUGCAUGGUGCGAUCGUAUCUUAUGGUAUGGAAGAGGCCUCAACCAGCUCUCUUACGUUCGUGGAGAGUCGAGGUUCUCUGAUCAUAGACCGGUUUCUAGCAUUUUUACAGCAGAAGUCGAGUCGAUUAAUCAUAGCCGAAUACAGAACAUGAAUUGCUCUAGCGCUCAAGUAGACAUCGAAGAGCUUUUGCCAUUUUCAAGUGGUUAUACGGAACUCAGCUUCUUUUAAAGAUUGAAACUGUUCAUGGAUGCUUCACACAAGGUUUUAAACCAAUCUCUUCAAUCAGAAAAGGUACCUGUAGU